AUGAAUGUGCUAACAUGGAAUUGCCGGGGGCUUGGGAGCCCCCGGGCAGUUCGUACUCUCCACCGUUUGGUGCGAGAUAAGAAGCCCAGUUUGGUCUUCCUCAUGGAGACCAAACAGUUGAGUAGAAAGGUGGAAUUAGUCAGAAUAAAAUUGGGUUUUGAUAACCUUUUUGUGGUGGAUUGUGUUGGCCGUAGUGGUGGUUUGGCUUUAUUUUGGAAGUCAGAAACUCCAGUCCAAAUACAGAAUUACAGUAGGAGACACAUAAAUGCUGUGAUUAACUCUGGCAGUGUGGGGAAGGAAUGGAAAUUUACAGGAUUUUAUGGCCAGCUUGAUGUUAUCCAUAGGCCGGCUUCUUGGGCGUUACUUCGUCAUCUAUCAGAGUUUGCUCCGGAACCUUGGCUCUGUGUAGGAGAUUUCAACGAGAUUCUUUCUAAUUUUGAAAAAUUGAAUUCUUCGUAUCGGCCCCCGAGGCAAAUGCUGGAGUUUAAGCAGGCUUUGGCAGAUGGAAAUCUUGCUGAUUUAGGAUUCGUGGGUCCUAAAUUCACAGGUAUUUGGGUUAGAAAACAGGCUGGCACAGUGGAAGAUCAAAUAAAGCAGAAGGAACAGGAGCUCAAAUCCAUCCAAAUGCAGGAGAAUAGGGGUACUUCAAGCCAAGAGGAUUUUAUAAAGGAGGAACUUAAUAAUUUGUUGGAGCAGGAGGACAUUAAAUGGAGACAACGUGCAAAGGAGAAUUGGCUUAGAUUCGGGGAUCGCAAUUCAAAAUUCUUUCACGCUUGUGCAAAUCAAAAACAUAGAAGCAGCAGGAUCUCCUCGAUAAAGGACAAAAAUGGCGAACUUUGCACUACAAAGGAGGGAAUUGAAGGAGCUUUUGUGGAUUAUUUUAAUGAGCUGUUCAAGAGUGGGGAGAACCUAGUGGUUGAUACUUGUACUGAAGCUCUGGACAGUAGGGUCACAAAUGCCAUGAAUGAUAAGCUGCUAGCUGUUUAUAUAGUGGAAGAGAUUUCUAUGGCCCUCCAUCAGAUGCCCCCGCUCAAGUCCCCGGGUCCAGACGGAUUCUCUUCUUGUUUCUAUCAAAAAAACUGGGCUACGGUUCAUCCCGAGGUAUGCUCUGCCAUCCUUCAUUUUCUAAACACUGGCGUAAUGGAUGAUAGCAUAAAUAAUACACAUAUUGCCCUUAUUCCAAAAACUGCCAAGCCUAGUAGUGUUACAGAAUUUCGGCCCAUAAGUCUAUGUAAUGUUAUUUACAAGUUGAUUUCUAAAGUAUUGGCGAAUAGAUUGAAGGUUGUGCUGCCUGAAAUCAUUUCUCUUACUCAAAGUGCCUUUAUCCCUGGGAGACUCAUUUCAGAUAAGAUUUUGGCGGCUUAUGAAACUCUGCAUUCUAUGCAGACUAGGAUGUGGAGUAAGGUGGGUUUCAUGGGCAUCAAGCUCGAUAUGAGUAAAGCUUAUAAUCGAGUCGAGUGGCCUUUCUUGGAAGCAGUGAUGAUCAAAAUGGGAUUUGCAAAGAGAUGGGUGAAGCUUGUGAUGACUUGCAUCCGAUCGGUGUCUUACGCGGCUCUAGUGAAUGGGAACCCAGUGGGUCUUAAUCGCCCUUCUAGGGGGAUUAGACAGGGGGACCCUAUAUCUCCCUAUCUUUUCCUCCUUUGUGCAGAAACUCGAGUCGAGUGGCCUUUCUUGGAAGCAGUGAUGAUCAAAAUGGGAUUUGCAAAGAGAUGGGUGAAGCUUGUGAUGACUUGCAUCCGAUCGGUGUCUUACGCGGCUCUAGUGAAUGGGAACCCAGUGGGUCUUAAUCGCCCUUCUAGGGGGAUUAGACAGGGGGACCCUAUAUCUCCCUAUCUUUUCCUCCUUUGUGCAGAAACUCUUAGUGCUCUUCUCCAAAGGGCUGAGAGGAGAGGAGUUAUCACAGGGGUGCCAACUUCCCCUAGGGGCCCUAGACUAAGUCAUCUUUUCUUUGCUGUCGAUAGAUUGACAGAGGCACAUCGCAUAGAUAAAUAUUUGGGGCUACCCUCUUUUGUGGGCAAAUCCAGGAAUGAGGCUUUCAAGUAUAUCCUGGAGAAGGUGUCCCAUAGGUUGGAAAAUUGGAAAAUCAAAUUCCUCUCCCAAGUUGGAAAAGAGAUAACUUUUAAAGGCGGUGAUCCAAGGCAUUCCCACCUACAGCAUGGGGGUCUUUCAAUUGCCCAUCUCUUUGUGUAA